AUGUCGGUCGGUGAUAUUGGUGUUUACGAUCAGCAACCGCAAGUGUCACAGGAUACGUUUGUAGUGGUUGGUGAACCGGAUGUAAUUAGAAGUCAAGAAAUUACAAGGAGUGGUGUGACGAAUGAUGUUACAUAUGAAACCGGAAAAGAUUGUCAUCGGGAAACUGGCAAUGACAGUGUUGCAGUGGAAGCAACAGCUGUACUGGAAAUAGGCAAGCGUCGACCGGUAUAUUUAGCGAAUACUGCAGCAGAACAAUAUGGUCAAGAAGCUGGCUGUAGUGUUGCAAAGAUUACCCGAAAUGAUAGCUGUUUAGAAAGUCCUGAGCGUUUAUUACCACAAGGUGAUAGUGUAUAUCAGGAUACAGGCUCAGAAAUAGUUGGUACUGAUGACGAUGGUGAACAUCAGACGUUACGUGAUAUUUCACGUUGUGCACCACGUGAAAUUAGUUAUGAUACACCGGGAUGUGAUGUGCAACCGCAACACUGUAACAUGCAGCAACAACACUGCAUUGUGCAAUCACAACACUGUGGCGUGCAAUCGCAACACUGUGACGUGCAAUCACAGCACUGUAACGUGCAAGCUAAUCGUCAAGCGCAUCCUAGGGGGAAAAAUAAUGUAAAGAAUGAAAUUGACUCGGACGAAAAUGCAUCUCAUUUAUUGAUCAGCUUAAGUAAUGCAUUAAAUCCUGGUGAAGCAGAAUAUAUUGAUCGUUAUCGUCCAAAGGGACGUCCCAGAGGUCCUAAGCAUCCAGUUUGGAAUUUUUUCAAAUUCUAUAAAUCUGGUGGACUUACUUUGGGAUAUAUGUGUUUGAUGUGUGGCAAUGGAUUUACUGGCCCACCAAAUACUACAAAUGCUACAAAACAUCUUCGUUGUAAGCAUAAAAAUGAAUAUUUGCUCUAUUUUGACUUACUGGAAGGUGCAAAGCAGGGAACAUUUUUCGGUGACGUGCAUCAGUCAAUCAGAGAGCUUGUUUCAAAAAGAGGUGUCAAAGCAGAAGCAUGCACCUCGGAAGGUAAUACUGGUGAGGGUUCUAUUCUGAACUAUGAAGUCAUGAAUGAAGGUGGACACCGAAGUCAUGAUUGGACAGAUGAUGCUGCUGGCAGCUCGCAAGAUGCUGAACUUCAUUCAUUUCUCUGUUCUGCACUGAUAUCCAAUACUUCUAAAAAUUCGCUUGUUCGAUAUGAUGUAAACAGUGCUGCUGAGAAUUCCGAAGUUUCAUCAUCUGGAGAGGUUGUCUUCACUGGUUCAUCCACUGGAGACACGGAAGCGGGUUCAUCAGCUGUAAGUAGUGAUUCUACGGGACAGUUUGCUGGGCAAGUUGAGUCGUUCCUUCGUGAUUAUCGUCGUCUGGAAGCAGAAUGUCGAAGAUUACGUGCUGAAUUAGCUGCCAAAGAUGAGUAUAUCAAAACGCUUCGUUUAAAUUUGAUGGAAGAACGGAAUAAGCGAAAAAGUGCACUGAUACUUGUACAGCGUGCCUUGAUCGAUGAAUGA